AUGGAGGAAAAGCAAACGGACAACAAGAUAAAAGUUUUGAACGUUUUUCACAAUGAAGAAAUAGCUGGAAACAGGGAAAAAAUGCACUACCCCAACAAGUUCGAAUUCGAGAAGGGAAUAAUCCGCAACGCAAUCGUGUCCACGAAUUCGAACAAGUGUACCAAACUGGAGGAUAGAGACAGGGAAAAGAAGAAUUGCAUCAUCUUUCGAGAACAAUGCGAAUACUGCUUGACAAAUUUUUCCAUUAGCGGCCACCUAAUUUUAACGAAAGAAUCAUUGCUUUUCGAACCAGACCUGAGAGACAAAAAUGUGAUAACGUACGGCUUUGGCACGUAUCAAAUUUUUAUCGAUUUGUACGAUAUUUACGAGUGCGCCCAUAUUGUGGUGCCGACGAAGGACACCUACCUGUGUAACAAUGAAGACACGUGUGGUUUCAUCCAAGUGUUGUUAAAAAGUAUUUACCACCGAAUAUACGACGAUGCUUCGCAAAAGAAAAAUAGCACCGGCAGUUGCUACAGUGGUAUGAAUAGCAACUCCAGCAUAGAUGACUUGAACAAACAGAAAACCGUUUCCUACUAUAAAUACAUCAGCAGGAGUUUGUCCUAUGUAUUCAAUUUAGCCCAACCGCUGGUUCAGGGCACGUCGCCUUUUAAGGAGGAAAAAAAUGACUACCUAUUUGGAGCAGCCAAUUAUUCUUCGGACGUUUCUAAGCAUGUCACAAAUGUUGACCCUCAGAGAAAGGAAGACGAAAAUGAUGAUUUAAAAAAAAAAAAAAAUAGCUUUUUAAAUUUUGAUAUUUCCUCUCCGAAGAAUAACAUCGUGGAGCAUUUACAAGACAGUGAUUUAAAAAUUUACCAAAAAAUUAACGAGACGGAUUAUAGCAGCGCAAUUCCUGCUCACCCGAAUAUAACUUAUAAGAAUAAUUUAAAUUUAGCCAACUCGGGGUAUUCUUUUAAGGAAGGGGAGGCGAACAAUUCCACUUUGUCGGGAAAGCAAAAAAGAGACUCCUUCAACAUGGUCAGGAAGACCUCUUCGAAGGAGGCAUCAUUUAAGGGGGGACUCUCCACCGUGGAAGCAUCAAAUAGUAACUUCACCCAGACGGGUGGAACAAAAGAGGGAAACUCCAUAAAGAGAGAAGACACUGUCACCUUUGCGAGCGAGGCACAACGUUCAUCCUCAAAGACGCUGAAAAAUAUUUCCUUCGAGUUGCAUCAGCAAUCAUUGAGAAGUUCAUCCACUGGGGAGAAUUACAGCAAUGCCUGUGGAGGUAUCCUUUGCACCAAUGGGAACCAGAUGCAGUGGGGAAACAAAGCACCAGGAGGAGAACCUGGGCAAAACGUCGAAGGGCAGAAAAAGACACAAAAGAAAUAUGAAGAAAAAAGCUUCAUACUGUUCAGAUUCUUUAACAACAAUAAGGCAUACGAAACGACAACAAAGAUUAUUAAAGAAAUUGAUGAAGUGAGAAAAUCAGAAAACAAAAUAAAAAAAACAAUCACCUCGGUGCCAUUCACAUCCAAUGAAUUGUUAAGGUGCAUCAUUGAACAGUCUUUAAUGGCCAAAGAAUCGAAGAAAAAAACACAGGGAACUAAUUCAAGCGAUGCAAAGGAUUUAAAUUAUUUACCAUUAAUUCCAAAACUGGACUACAUGAACGGUGCAGUAAAAUUGUUAAGUAAAGAAAUGACGAAGCAGAUAAAUUACUACCUCCCCCCGACACUCAGCAUAAAAAUAUGGAAGAUGGUUUUUUGUUCAAGUAUACAUGGGGUGUCCUUCAAAACCUUGUACAGGAGUGUAACCAACAAAGGCAGCGUAAUUCUCUUAAUCUGUGAUAUGGAUAAUGUAUUAUUCGGCUGUUUCCUGGACAAGUUACACUGCGAUAAUUGUUACUACGGGUCUGGGGAGAACUUUCUCUUUACGUUUAAAAAUGGGGAAAAAGCUAUGCAUGGAAACAAGGAGAAGAAGAUAAAUGAUGAAGAAAAUAGGGGGGAUAAUAAUAGAAGCAAUAGUGCCCAUGUCAAAAGCAUGGACAAUUUAUACUCAUCGGAAGAGAACGUUGAAAAGGUUAAGCGGAAGAGCACCCCUUUAGACAUGAACGAGGGGAAGCUGGAAAAUAAUUCGAGGUCCAAUUCGCAGGAAAAGCUCGCCACUGAUUUUGAAGACAGCUUGAAGGACUCCAUUAAGGGGGAUGCCAAUCAGGAGGGCCCCUCGCGUACUCCCCUCCAUUACAUGAAUAGGUCCAAAACGGAUAUACAUGGUUUGGAUUGCGGCGAGGAUGAAGAGGCUGAUAGCACUGUUGGUGGCGCGUCGUCGGACGCCCUGCAGUGCAAAACAAAAGCGCUCCUCGAGGAGAAGUACCACCAGUUAACCCCCCUCCCGGGGAAGAAGCAGCCCCUGAAGAGUGACGACCCCGGAGGUACCAAAACUGGCGAAACGAGCGAAAAGAACAAAACAAAACAAAGUGGCAAUGAUAAUACAACCAUUCAGGUGUUCAACUGGACUACUCGAAAUAAUUAUUUUGUCUACUCGGAUGAAAGAUCGAUAACGAUAGGCGGCGGGGAUAACUAUUCGCUGCUCAUUAACGACGACUUGUGUAAAGGGCAGACCAACAAGAGCAGCACAUACGAUAACGACUUGCUGACCCACGACGAGGAAUUCGAAAUUCAAUUCUUGCAGCUGUGGGUGUUUGACGAUUCGUAG